CACUUUCGUCUGAUCAUUAGGCAUGCAGUAGUAAAUGAUGGCGAAAAAUCUGGAAGCAUACGAUUCUGCGUUGCUUGGGAUCCUUCAGCAUGAGGGACAGAUUGCUAAAUUUCUUGACGUGAUUUUAGGAUUUCUUUAUCGAAGAACUGACUUUUACAGACUUAUGAAGUCAAAGGAUGACAAACUUGGAUUUCCUCCAGGAGUAGCUGCAAAAAUUUUACUUACUGCAUACAAGAAAUAUGAUGAUCUUGCAAGAAAGGAUGAUGAGGAAAGAGAAAAGAUCCUGCAAAAGAAGUCACAGCAAGAAAAUGCAGUCCCUCCAGUUGCAAAAAUUGUAGAAAUCACUUCAGAAAAUGGUACUUCCCCACCUCCUAAUACAGAAUCUCAUGUAGUGCAAAAUAAAGGGGUUGUAAACACAGCACCUGCCGAAAUGAAAGAAACAACAGGAAAGGAUUCAAAGCAGCAAAAACCGGCUAAUGCCCCAACCAUGCCAACCCGGGAAAAGGAAUCGUGUUCAGAGACAUCUACACCAUCUCAAAGACAGGAAGAGGAAGUUGACCCAGAGCUUGCAGCCAAGCAGAAAGUGUUCCAGGCUAAUCCAGAAAGCUACAAUGGGGCUGUCAGAGACAACUAUUCAUGGUCUCAGUCAAUUACAGAUAUCGAUCUACGUGUCAAUAUACCAAAUUAUAUUGUGAAAGGAAAAGAUGUUAAAGUGGAAAUAGAAAAGAAACACAUUAAAGUUUCACAUAAGACAGACAGUGGUUCAUGGACCGAGGUUCUGAAUGAUGACCUCCCCUGGGAAAUUAACAAGGAGGAAUCCAUGUGGACUCUGGUACCAAAAGAGCAUGUUCAUAUCAACUUGGAAAAGAAAGAAGAGAGAUGGUGGGAGUCAGCACUUACAACAGAAGAGAAGAUCAGUGUCCGUAAGAUAGAUGCUAGUCGACCAAUGACAGAUCUGGAUGAUGAAGCCCAAGCUAAAAUAGCAGAGAUGAUGUACAAUGAACAACAGAAAAGGAUGGGGAAACCCACUUCAGAAGAACAGAAAGUCCAGAAUCUCCUGAAAGAUGCAUGGAAUGCAGAGGGAUCCCCUUUUAAGGGACAACCAUUUGACCCCUCCAAAAUCAAUGUAGGUCAAGGAGGAGUGGUUUCCAUCAACAAUGAGGAAGAAGCAAUGAAUUCAUAAGAAUCCAAUAGGAAGGCUGGAAAUCUGCUUGUCGUUAUUCUGUUUCAGUCAUUAACCUGGAAUACCUUCACUCACCUGACAUGAAGGUGUCCAAAUCCAGGAAGUGAAAUCCUGAUUGGUGACAAAGUAUAACAAACAAAACAAGAUACUUGUAAUUUUUUGGUGUAUAUGUGACAUAUCCAUUACUGUACAUUAAUCUUGCUUCACAUUUUUCAAGUACAUGUGAAUGAUAAACAAACAAGUAUUUGAUUUGAACCAUAUGCUGAGUCAGAUGUCUACACUAGUAUUUGUUUACUGUUCAUGAAAAACUUUUACAGCUUGAAUUUUUUUGUUUGUAGAAGCUAGAAAAAUGCAGUAAUUUGCUGAAAAUUUUUUAAUCAACAAUCCAAAGUUCAUCUGAGUUUUAAGAAUUAUCAUUCUCAUCAUUCUGACUUACUAUUGCAAUUAUCAGAUUAUCAGAUCUGUUAAAAUGUUAAUCAAAUUAAAUAUGUUACAAGAAUAAAAUUGUGUUUUGAAAUUUA